GUGUGGAACGUUUUCGCGAGCGGAACGGUCUGAGCGCGUGCGAUCAAAACUCGUUAUUUUUUCGGAUUGUGUCGUGUUUUUGGAUAGACUUCCACGUGCGGAGUGUUGUGAGAAAUAAUUUCAAUUAUCGUGUGAAGAAAAUAACUACUGAUCGACAUUGUGAACUGUUGUAAAAGAAAAUCCAAGAGAAAAAGUGCUGUUGAAGAGAAAAAACAUGGCGACUGGAGGAGGCGGUGGUCUGCCUCCAGACAAAGGAAAAGACCAAAGUGAAAUCGACGGAAACAAAAUGGCGGACGAUUCAGCACCUGAAUCGUUCAUGUACACGGCUAGGGAUGCUGCACCGUAUCGUGUAUACGUCGAAAUAAUUGACAACACGAAGCGUAUCUACAAGUUUUCGGUGGGCUCGGUGCUGCGAAAGCUCGAAAAAUACCGAAACCAGAUCACGGAGCUGAAAUACCUCGGACGGAACAAAAUCAUUGUGUUCUCCAACUCAUGGGUGAAGGCAAACCUCCUGGUAGGCGAAACUGUACUGGCGGAGAAAGGCUACAAGGCGUACAUCCCUCGGCACCUGGUUUGCAUUACCGGCGUGAUUGGUGGCAUUCCAACGGACAUCGAAAUGGAGGAGAUCGAACAGGACUACGAAUGUGCAUAUCCAGUAGUGAAUCUGUACAGACUCAACAGAUGGGAUCGUGAGAAAGGAAAGAAGGUCGCUUCAAACCGAGUCAGCGUAACUUUCCGGGCAAGCAACUUGCCAGAAAAGAUGAAGGUGUUCGGAUCGUCGGUUAAAGUACAGCCGUAUGUCCGAAGAUUCGUGUUCUGUAACAACUGUCACCGCUUCGGCCACAGGGAGGAAAGCUGCAAAUCCAAAAAGCGAUGCGGCAAGUGUGCACGCAUACACGAGGAGGCUGAGGACCACUGCCCGAAUGAAGUGAAAUGUCUGCAUUGUCGAAAAUCGGAUCACCGAACCACGGACCCAAGCUGCCCUUCCCGACAGCGAGAGAUAAGCAUCAAAACAAUGAUGUCGAAGAAGAACCUGACCUACGUGGAGGCGAGAGAGCUCAUCGCUCCGCUUCCGAUUCAAAAUCAGUACGACGUUUUGGCUGACAUCGCCGAAUUCCCUGCACUACCGAAUACGUUUGCAAGAAUGACGGCCGGUCGAUUCACAACGCGAAGCAAUCAACCACAGCAGCAACGGAACGUCACUAUCAACAAACCAGAAGAAAGACAGCUGGGCGCUAUCAAGAAACCAGCGAAUGACUUGUCAGGCGGAGCAAAGAAGAUGAAAAUUGAUGAGGAACGUCAGCAUCUGAUCAAGGAUCGGAAUGCGGAAGGAACAUCCAGAGGAAGCGGACUGGAAAACCGACAUGCUGUUAGCGAGCGAGAAAGAUGGGACAACAUCAUCAAGAAAGCAAACGCUGAUGCACUGGAAACGGCGAACCGCAACGUUCGGGGGGAACUCGCGAACUUCUACGCAGCUCUGAUCCAAUGCUCUGGGGUCACAGAAGAACUACAGGAAAAGAUAAAAGAAUGCUCCAAAAAAUAUCUAAAUCUUGAAAGUAUAAUAGUGUAAUCAGAUCACUAAACAACACGGAAAUUGCAAUUGAUUUAUUUUACACGUUUUCUUAUAAUUUUUCAAUAUUUUCUUAAUGGAUAAUUUCAGAUUUCUACAGUGUAACAUACAAAGCGUUUCUAAGAAUAAGGAUGAGUUACAGAGAGUUUUAACCGUGGGAAACUAUUCAGCAGUUUUACUUUCUGAAACUUGGACUAGUCCAUCAUUAGAACAAACAAGUAAGUACAAUAUUUCUCGGUAUCACAAAUUCGUCGACUCUAGGAUAGAUGGUUAUGGUGGUAGUGCCAUUUAUUUGAAACAGGAGUUUGGUUAUAAGACAAUUAGAAUGCCCGUUCUUUCAGAUGCAACACAAGCAGUAGCAGUUCAUUUAUGUACGCUGGACAUGAUUAUUGUUGCCAUUUAUAUAGCACCUUCCAUUUCAAAAACAAAUUUAGAAUCUGACUUAACAAAGAUAUUUGAUUUGAUAAAAAAUUAUUCUAGAGUGUUGAUUGGCGGAGAUUUUAACUCGCAUCACCAUGCCUGGGGUAACGAUUUCACAGACGCAAAAGGAUCAAUAGUCAUGGAUUUGAUCAACGACAGUAAUUUAAUUCUUCUUAAUGACAAUUCUAAAACUUUUAUACCAAUACAGUUAAACAGGAAAUCAACGGCAAUAGACCUUACUCUUUGCACACCUAAUCUAUUUUCGAAUUUUGAAUUUAAAACUCUUGAUUUUGGAAUAGGAAGUCACCAUUUACUAAUAGAAUUAACUUUCAACUAUAAUACAAUAGAUAAUAGAAAAUUCGUAUACAAUCAU